GGAAGAGCGCUGGCCGGUGGGGAGGGGCCGGUCCAGCUCCCGCCCCGGCUCGGGCCUGCGUCGCUUUCCCUCCUCCCUCCCACUUCGCUCGGUGCCCUCGGUGGUUGCAGAGCGGAGGGUCGCAGCAGCCAGCACCAGGGAUAGGAAGAGACAGGGCGACAUGAGAGACUGGGCUGCAUGCUGCAGUAAUAAAGCUACUGGUGAAGGCGUUCGUCUAGCGUGAGGCUGAAGGGCGAUUGAAGAUGGCCAAAGAAGGGCCCCCCAGUGUCUCCAGGGACCUACAGGAGCUGCAGAGGAAGCUGUGUUUGCUGCUAGAGUCCUUCCAGAGUAACUCGAAGGAAUUUACCAGCAGGUGGGGAAUCUUUCCCCUAGCACCUUGCUAUGCCCGAGUUGUGACCUUCAUAGCCACGUUCGUUGUGGCUGCGAGAGCAUCAGCCAUCAUCCAGACAUUCAAGGCAGUGGGGCAGCAGGGAAGUGGGAAGAAAGAUCAUUCUCAGGGGACCUCCAAAUUAAGGAAUAUUUCUGGACACCACCAAGAACUGCAGAACACUUUCAGUUACGCCCCAUGUAAUGCAAACUUUGGGCAGUCACCCUUCAUGGCAACUGCCAUUUUUCAGCUGGAUCUGAAGAAGACACCCAUAGUCUACGUAGCAUACACCACUCUUUUCUUUGAAAAGGUUUGGCUCAUCUGUUCCCCUAAGAAAAGGAGACAGCCCAUACCUAACUUAAGAUCUGAGUUUUGUGUUUUACUAGAAAUCCCCCAUCCAGCAGAAAUGCUACCUGAGCCACAUGUGUAUUCAAAUUUUCUGGUUCCAAACCCUAAGUACAAGGAAGCAAUGGGUUAAUUUUAAGACUAUAUCUUACUUAAUGUAUCAAAAAUAGUAUCAUUUCAGCAGGUAGUCAUCAUAAUAAUUAAUGGAAAAGAAAGUGUUUUACAUUCCUUUUUGAACAAACUCUGAAAUCUAGACUGUCAUUUAUCUCUACAGGACUAUCGUGAUGCAAAUUAACCGUGUUUUUUUGGUGGUCAGUCACCACUCAGUGAGGUGGGAUUUCAGAUACUACGUUUCUUUGCAUGUGUGUCUUUAUUGUGUUCUUCUGUAUGCCCUUCAGCAUUUACACGGAAUGCUAGGGCUGGGUAGAUGGUUUAGCUGGUGGUGUUUUUGACCGGCCAUCGUGAGAACGUAAGUUGGAGUUUCCGGCCUCCAUGUAAAGAUGGGUGUAGGAGCACACCUCUAUAAUCCCAGCGUCUCUGUGGCAAAAUGGGGAGGUGAAAGAUAGCAGGGUCUUGGGAAGCUCGUGGCUAGCUAUCCUGUCUUAUUCAGUUCCAUAACAACAGCAACAAAAGAAAACCAAGGAGACCCUGUUUCCAACAGCCUGGCAGAAGGUAAGAGCCAACCUUUGAGGUGGCCCUCAGGCCUCCACACAGGCACCAUUCCAUGUAUGCACUCACAGGUAUGAAAAUACACUUAUGCAAUUACAUUGCAUGUACAUUGUAUAUAGAAAAAAAGAUGUUUCUAUCAAGCAAACGGUACUAGCUAGCUAAUGCUAGUACCAUUUUGUUGCAUGUCUUUCUAGACUUCUGUACCACGUGCAGGCAGGAGUGUGUAUGCCUACAAAGUGCUGGAAACUGUUGUGUGAUUCCCCCCCCCCCCCCGCAUUGUUUCACCAGCUUCUAUAAAACAGAUACUUUUCCUGCUAAAGCCUAUGCUUCACAGAGGUCUUCUUUGGACUUGCUUCAGAAUGCAUUCGGCAUACUGCCGGUUUAGCAGGCUAUUUUUAAAAUGGACAGGCAGCCUUUUAGUCAGUUGGCUGGGACUCUUUGGUGAGUGAGCUCGGUAAGAAAGGUCCUCGUGGCCUUUGUACAUUCACAGUUCAUUUUCAUGAUUUGUGAGAGAUCAUCAUAGAUGCUGGAUUAGCAAAUACCAAACAAACCACGAUUCUGCGGCAAAUAAGGAACUCAGGUUCUCCAAUCCUCAAGUGACAAUGUACUUGUAAACAGAUCAGUGUAUGUCCUUAUUUUAUGUGUAUUUCUGGAUGCAUUAAUGUAUAUGCAUUAAUGUGUAUGUACUGUUGACAUUGAACUUAGGGCUAGCAGCAGGCUAAUAUGUGUCUCGAACAAACACCAAACACACUUUCUUUUUCUUUUUUUUUUUUUUCAUAAGGAACAGUAACAGAAAGAUGAUGGUGGUGGUGCUGGUGCUGGUGCUGGUGUGUAUUUUAAACAGCGGGAUUGUCAACCAGAAGUCAAAAAUGUGAACUUUGUGGCAUUAAAUAGGCCGGGACUCCAUAGUUUGGCUCUUCGUGUCCAGAAAGGUUCAUGUGCUAACAGCGUAGCCAAGGGUGAGGGUGUGGGGAGGUGGUGGAAUCUUCAGGUGUGGGGCCUGUUAAAUUUCAGGUUCCGAUGGUAACAAGCUGGGAAUGUUCUUGUCAGGUGACCCAAUCUUGACAUCAAAGAUGCUCGAAGGACUGAUUUCGGUUAGAGAUAGAUUUAAGUGAGUCGAAAAUCCUCAAACCGGGGAUUUGCGGAGGAUAAGAACUGACCGUGUAUUUAUUAACCUGAUUGAGGCAUUAUUAAAUCCCAAGCCUGUACCAGGCAUUUAGCAUGCCUUAUCUGUAGUUAUACCUACCUUGUAAGAUUGGCACUUCAGAGCAGAUGAACUGUCUUAUGUUUUUCCUUUCAACACUCAGCUGUAUGCACUGGAGUAGAUCUGAGC